AUGUCGUUGAUACCUGCGAUUCAUUCGUGGAAUUUAACAAACUAUGCUCGACGACUCAAUUCGAAUUCAACAACAAAAACUGAAUAUUCUUGGUCAUGUCUAAAUAUAAACCAAACACCAAUAAAAAUGACCAUAACACCAGCAUUGCAAUUGCUGAUCAUAUCAUCAGAUCAAUGUAUUGAAGAAUUAAUUGACAUUUGGUUGAUGUUUAACUAUACACAUGUUCAUGUUCAUCGUAAAAGUAUUCUUUUUAAUUAUACAUGGCCACCAACAUCUUCAUCAACAAAUUUAACACGUUCAUUUCGCGUUAAAUUCAGCGAUGGUAAAGAUCUAAAUCAGUGCUUGCAAUUAUUACGUGAUUACUUUCCAGUCAAUAUAUAUUCACCAAAUGACUUUAGUAUUUGCAUUGAAUCAAUGCAGCCAACCAUGUUUCAUUCAUUAUUGUUUAAUGAAAUAAAAGAUACAUUAGCAGUGGAACAAUCAACAACAAUGAAUAUCCGAACAGAUUUUGUUCGUCAAUAUCUCUCGACUUGUAUCAUGGAUCCAACAUUUUUUAUGUUUGUUAAUGAAAAUGAAAAAUAUUUGAAAAAUAUUUUAAAGGGAAAAUAA